AUGGAAUCAAGUGUUUUGGCUGCAGCUAAAUGCGAUGACUUUAUUAUUGAGGAAGUUCUUAGCUCAGAAAUUGGUGGACUAGUGGUGGUUGCUCGGUGUACAAGAGAAGGUCUUCAAAACCCGAACAAAAAGUAUGCAUUAAAAUUGCUGUAUAAUUUCUGCAAUGAACAGUCAUCUACUGUCCGGAAUGUGUUUGAGAAUGAAUGGCUGGUUUUAUCUCAAUCUCUCCCGCAUCCUAAUGUGAUACAAUUCUGGACUCAAUUUGUGGAUGCCGUUGGUAACAACUUUGCUGCUCAUCUGCCUGAUCAGAUAAGGAAACAGGCUGUUUAUCACGACUCUCGAAGAAAGCAGCUAAUUCGUCGUAAAGCCCAGUUCAUAGUGCUUGAUUAUCAUGCAAAAACCAUGAGGGAACACAUAGACAAGCAAGCAUUACCUUUGUCGUAUGAUCUUGCAAGAAACUAUACUCUGCAGCUUCUAGAAAGUGCUUACCAUUUGUUUAAACAAAGAAUUGUUCAUCUGGAUUUGACUCUAGACAAUAUUCUGCUUUCAACAGAUGGUAGACUUAUAAUCAGUGACUUUGGGCACGCAGAACUAUUGCCACAGACAUCGGACUGCAUGCCUGUGCAGAGAGGAGAAUGUUUGGGUGGAAAUCGUGCCUACCUUGCACCUGAGGUUUUGACCUUGUACCAGAAACGAAGAACUGGCUCAUGUAGUGAAGAAUUAAGCUUUGACUACAGCAAGCAAAUUGCAUGGGCUGUCGGCUGCUUGAUUUACGAAAUGGUGGAAGGAACCCAUCCACUUCCAGAUUACCCAUUAGGGUAUGGCAAACCUGACUGCAUUGUCUUUUCUAUGGAACAACUUCCUCAUUUGCCAGCUCAUUAUCCAACUGUUUUUCGAUCAACUGUUUUAAAGCUUAUGGACUCUGAUCCAACGCAACGGAUGUCUCUCGCAGAAGCUCAAGUCAUUCUUCAAGGCCACGCACACGGUCUUCCAAGUGCAGGUGAAUCUGAUGUAGAAAAUCUUCAGCAACGCCUGCAGUUGGUUUUGAGAGAGCGUGACCUAUUGGUAGCUCAACUGAAGGCUGAGAGAGACGGUGCUGUACAAGAGUUAAAGACAAUGGCUGAACAAUGCAAGUUUGUUGCCAGCGAAUUUGAUGCCAUGGCUGAACAAUGCGAAGCGGCUCUAACAGAUAAAGAGGUGUUGGCUAAAGAGAGGGAUGAAGCUGUUAGAGCAAACUUGGUUGCCAUAGAGGUGAAUGCUGAGUUGAGAGAUCAACUGGUUAGCGUUUCAUCGGAAAGAGAUCUAUUCAAAUGGCAAAUCAAUGAUCUGAAAAGACGAAAUAUGAUUGCUUCGUCAGAAGUACUAAGAGAAUGCACUCGUUGUCGAAAGUUUUACGUUGAUUCUGAAACGAACGAAAACCUAUGUCAGUGGCACCCAGGGAAGGUAAGCUUGUGCAUGGCCUCAUAGAAAUUGUUUAUAUUAAUGUACUUUUAUUUUCUAUUGCCUGUUCAUUCGUAUGCGAUCGAUUACAGCACGUAUGUCAUCUUUUGCAUUCACUGUUGUUUAUGUAUAAUAUAAUAUUGUAUUUUUGGUUUUUCGAUGCAUCAUCAACCAUUGGCUUACUGUUUCUUUUAUGGCCCCAUCAACUACAGAUUGUAAGUAAUCUAUUUCUAUCUUCCCUACGAUUGACUGAAUAUAUUGCUUUGUUGGUUUAUUCCAUGAUUUCAUAUGUUUCGGUCUCUACAGUUUGUAAGUUGAGACAUGUUGUCUUUGCUUUUGAACGUAUAUAACUAAAUGUACUUUUUCUAUGUAUCUUGUUGAACUCUUUCAACUUCCAACAAAUUUCAAUCCUAGAAUGUAAGUAUUCAUUUUUUAAACUACACAGCAUUUGCUUAAACAUGUAUUGUGUUUCAACUUUAUUUCUCGUCUACUAUUCUUGCUGGAACCUACAUAGCGGUGGAGCUGCUGCUAUGAACAAAACAGAGUAUCUGUAGGAUGUUAUCAGGGUCCACACAGCCCCCUCCAAACAUCUCAGGAGCAGAAAUCAUCACCAGUGAUGGGUUCUGCUUCGCAGAGAAAGUGAAUGGCUUUGGAACAGUGUUACUAGCAAGUUGUUGCAAGUAGCUAUAGAUGGUGGAUCAGUACUACAGUUUAGUGAUAUCUUGCCAUAGUUGAGGACACACUCACAACUUAACUCUCAACUCCAUAGUCCAUGCUCAUUGUUAGUACAACUAACUCUAUUUAUAGUAAUUCAAUAAGUCGGUUGAAAUCAAUUGAGAAACUCCCGGAUAAAUAUUUUAA